AUGACCCAGUACCCACCUUACACACCGGCAUCCUCGCUGGGCCGCGAGCUGGGCAUCAUGUUCGGCUUCCUCGGCGCCUGCGCCGUCACCAUGGGUGUAUACUCGCUGAUCUGGCGCUGUACGUCUUCCCCCUCCUGCAGCCCGUCCCUUGCAAAUGAAAUGGCUAACCCGAACCCCCUCCUCUCCUUCUCCCCACCUCCAGCCGUCCAGCGCCGUGCCCUUGCCCAAGAUCUCGCCCGCCGCAAGGCGUUCCACGCUCAUGCGGCGUCGCGGAGCUUGGUCCAUGCCGGGCCGGACUUUGGCCCGAUGAGGACGGAGGGCCGCUCACGCGUUUUUGAGAAGAGGGUGGGGGAUCGGGCGGAGUUACCAGUGCAGCGGGGUGGAGGAAUUCUGUGA